CUGUUAAAUAUGCGUAUACACGAAUUUUUACACCAAAUUGGACAGCUGAUCAAGUUUCUUUUGUUCAAGAUAAGAUAUCACAAUAUAAUUAUUCAAUAACUCUAAAAGAUUCUUUUAGCCUUUCGCUUUGUUCACGAUGCAAUAAUGGAUUAUUAAGAUUGAAUUUAGCUAAAAAAAAAUCAUUUGUCAAGUCUAAAUUUACAUCUAAUUUAACAAAAAAUGAUACCAAAACUUCUUCUGAAUUACAGGUGUCUAAAAAAAUUAAAUUAGAGCCAAAGUUAUAUGAUCUUACUUUGGAUGAUGAAA